AUGUCGCAGCGCGCCCGGGCCUGGCUCGACGUGGCCAUCGGCGGGCGUCCCGCGCAGCGCAUCACCUUCGAGUUGUACUCGGACGUGUUGCCGCGCACCUGCGAGAAUUUCCGCGCGCUCUGCGCGGGGGACCGCGGCGCGCGCCUGACGUACGCGGGCUCGACCUUCCACCGCGUCAUCCGGAACUUCAUGAUCCAGGGCGGCGACUUCACGAGGGGCGACGGCACGGGCGGCGAGUCCGUCUACGGCGAGAAAUUCGCCGACGAGGGCUUCCCCCACAAGCACGACGCUGCGCACGUGCUGUCGAUGGCGAACGCGGGGCCCGACACCAACGGCUCGCAGUUCUUCGUGACGCUGCGGGCGACGCCCCACCUGGACGGGAAGCACGUCGUCUUCGGCCGCGUCGCGGCCGGCGGCGACGUCGUCGACGCCAUCGCGCGCGUCGCCGUCGACGCGAGCGACGCGCCGGUCGCGGCCGUCCGAAUCGUCGCGUGCGGCGCGGCGGCCGCCGGGGCCGCCGCCGCCGAGCCCGGGCCCGCCGCCGAGGCCGCCGCCGAGCCCGAGCCCGAGCCCGAGGCCGCGACGGACCCGCGCGACGAGUCCGACGAGUCCGACGAGCCUGACGCCGACGCGUCGGACGCCGCCAAGCGGCUCAAGGCGCUGCGGAGGAAGAUGCGCGCGGGCCGACGCGACAACGCGCAGGCCGCGACCGUCGAGCGCCGCCGCCUCCGCGAGGACGGCGACGGCGCGAAGGCGCGCCGGCGGGAGCGCGACGCGCGCGACGAGGCGCGCAAGGCGGAGCUCGCGAAGCGCGGCGUGCCCGCGGAACGCGCCUACGUGCUCGACUCGGCCGAGACGGCGGGCCGCCGCGACGACGCGAAGAAGAAGAAGGAGCGCCGCCGCGCCGCGUUCGGCUGGGACGUCUUCAACGAUGACUCGAAGCACAAGGCCUACGAGAAGCGCGUCGCGAGCCUGCCCGCGGGCGGCGCCGACGACGACGCGCGGGAGGCGGAGGACCCCCUCGCGUACGGCGGCGCGCGCGUCGACGACCCGCGCGCGGUGCGGCGCAUGGCCAAAGAGCUCGAGGGCCGCGCGCAGCAGCGCUCCAAGUUCUCGCGGCGGCGCCCCGAGGUCCCCGGCGCCGACGUCGACGCGAUCAACGACCGCAACGCGCACUUCAACAAGAAGCUCAAGCGCGCCUUCGACAAGUACACGGUCGAGAUCCGCCAGGACCUCGAGCGGGGCACCGCGAUCUAA